AUGGCGUCGUCGACGUUGUUCGACCGGGAGCUGCAUGCCCAGUACUUCCUCACCAACCUGCGCUCGCUGCCAGCUCCGUACUCGUCUCAGGACUCACAGCGCGUGGUCUUGGCCUUCUUUUGUAUUCACGGACUGGCGUUGCUAGGGGAAUUAGAGCGCGUGGAUCGACACCAGGUCAUUGAGUGGGUGUAUAGCCUCCAGGUGUCUCUAGACGACCACGACGUCCAUGCCAGCAACGGCGGCUUUCGAGGCGGACCCUGCAUCGGGAACGCCUCCAUCUGUCCGAACGGAUCCACGUACGACACGAGCAACGUCGCGUCCACGUUCGCGGCGCUCUGCAUCCUCCGCACACUCGGGGACGAUCUCCACCGCGUGGACAAACCCGCGAUCGUACGUGCGCUCACGUCUCUCCAGGAUGACACAACGGGAUGCUUCUCGUCCGUGAAUGAGGGAUCGGAGCAAGAUAUGCGCUUUGUUUACUGCGCAUGUGCCAUUUCCUAUAUUCUGGACGACUGGUCUGGCAUUGACUUGACGGCGAUGGUGCGCUUCAUUAACUCGUGUCUGAGUUAUGAUGGAGGCAUUGGCCUCUGUGCUGGCGCCGAGUCGCACGGGGGUGCCGUGUUCACUGCCAUUGCGUCGCUGACCUUGUCGGGGCAAUUGCCGCAGCUCAAGUGCAAGCAGUCGGAGCUCGUGCAGUGGCUCGUGUUCCGACAGCAAGACUGCGGCGGGUUCCAAGGACGGCUCAACAAGGUCCCGGACUCGUGCUACGCUUUCUGGAACGGCGCGACGCUUGCGCUGCUCCAGAAGCACGCGCUCGUGGACUCGCCGAGCUGUCGGCAGUUCAUCUACGCGUGUCAAUUCUCCUUCGGGGGCCUGUGCAAGUACCCCGAGUCAGUCCCGGACGUGAUGCAUUCGUACCUCAGUCUCGCGUGGCUCAGCAUCGCAGCACACACAGACCCCGACAGGACUCGAGGUGACGAGGAAGAGGGCGAGUACCCGCCAUUGGCACCACUAGACACGAAGCUCCAAGUGCCGUUCUUCCCAGUGCUACUGAGCGAGUCCACCGAGCCCGAGCCAAGACAGGAACGAACGACGACGCAGCAGCAGUAA